UUGCAUACUCCCCAAACAGGAUUUUGAACCGCAGUCUCCUGGACGAGGACUGAGGUAAACACGAAGCCAAGCACGCCCAUUUCAUCGGUCAUUUUCCUGCUACGCUGCUUUUGUUGUCUCUCGCCGAUCGCCACCACCGGCGUCGGUAACAAAGGAAACUUGAGUGACAAAAACCUGGCUUCAGAUAUUUGGAAACGCUUAUUCUCCCGGCGAACACGAAGAUCCGUCUCCUUCCUCCCUCAACUCGGGAUACGUCGUCAUUUUAAUCCUGGGAUGCAGAUAAACCUCUUCAAGCUUUGCUCUGGACUCAAGGUCCUCGGCUACUUCAUGAUCCUUCUUGUCGCCGCAAUAAUCGCUGUCUCCUACUACGCCGUCGUCGUCCUAACCUGGGGCCCCCGCUUGCUUCGUGGAGGAUUCCACUCCUUUUUGGCUUUGUCAAUCAUCUUACUGUUUCAUGUUCUGCUUGUACUGUUGAUGUGGAGCUACGUUAUGGUGGUCUUUACGGAUCCUGGUUCUGUCCCGGAAAAUUGGAGACCCGUUUCAUCAUAUGAAAGUUUGGAGGCUGGAAGUUCCACGAUAAUUCCAGAUGGUGGAGGUCCUGAGAUUUCCGGAUCUUCAUGGUCAUCUCCUGAUGGUUCAGAAAGAAGACCGCCAGCAGGUUACUGCAUACAUUGUCAAAAUGGCAAGCCACCACGUUGCCACCACUGCUCUGUUUGUCAAAGAUGUGUUCUUAAGAUGGACCACCAUUGUGUCUGGGUUGUGAAUUGUGUUGGAGCAUGCAACUACAAGUUUUUUCUUCUUUUUCUGAUUUAUACAUUUUUGGAGACAACACUGGAUACCCUUGUCUUGCUGCCUGGCUUUAUCAAGUUCUUUGGCCAUGCCAAGAAUCAUUCUGGAUCUCCAGGCAACUUAGCAGUCACUUUCUUGGCUUUUGUUCUCAAUUUAGCUUUUGCGCUGAGUCUUCUUUGUUUCAUUGUCUUGCAUGCUUCUCUUCUUUCGAGCAAUACCACUUCAAUAGAGGUAUACGAGAAGAAAGGAACAGUAAGGUGGAAGUAUGACUUGGGCCGGAAGAAGAAUUUUGAACAGGUUUUUGGCAAAAAGAAGGUACUAUGGUUCUUCCCGUUGUUUUCAGAAGAAGAUUUACAGAACACUCCAGCACUCCAUGGCCUUGAUUUUCCAACACGUUCAGAUGUUGAGGCUUGACGUGAGACUUGAAAUAUCCUGCUCAUUCUGGUUGUUGUAGCUAUUAUGUAUCCUUUUGUGUUAACAAUAUAGAGCUUGGGUACAAAGUUUGGCCAAUAUUCUUUUUUUCAAGUGUUUGAACAUAUUAUAUCAUAAUGUUGGUGAUCGGAAGGUGUAUAUAAGAUGAUUUUGCCAUGAAUUACAAUUCCUUUUCACGGGAACUGUUGGAGGUAUUUUUGGUUUGAGAAAAACUAUCCCCAUUCGGCCCAAAACUUUGGAUUGAGCCAUACUAUUGCGUUGUGAAUGAUCGGUGCAAGAAUUGGAUGAUUAUUUCA